AUGGGUGAGUGCGGCCACAUCCACGUCCUACACGCUCGACCGUUCGAACGUAAUCGACCUCGUCCUGCUAUGCCUGGAGUCCACAUCGGCGUAGGACUGUGUAGACGCCCGGGGACGAAAUUUGACCCAGCCCAUCACCGUCGUCGCCCCUUCCGCGGUCCCGUCCUGCGGCGUGGCUUGCCUGCCUGCGUCUUGGGCCUUGCUGCGCCAUCGCAGCCCCGACCCCGCCGCCCCAGCCAAAAAGCCCCGGCGCCGCCGCCCGUCUACGGACGUCACCCGACCAUCGGCACACCAUUCCGCGACCUGAAACUACCUCCGAUCGAUGUAACUGACCAUUCGGUGAUCCACCGCGGUGUACAGGAUCGUGCAAACCUCGUGGAUUGUUGGCUGGCCGCAAGUUGCGCAACUCGCGUCGUGAGAACCGAUGGGUGCGUUGACGACUUUGAUUUGCCUACGUCCCUACCUCCUCUCCGCCUUGCGCCCGUAGCUUCCUGCGCCACAUCCUCGCCAUCGUUCGAUCGUCAUGUGUCAUCGGCCGAAACCUGCGUCUCUGGAGAUCUCGCGAAGUGGCAUGUGAGAGUGGCGGGCAGGGCCUGGGCCGGCCGGGCAGCGGAGCGGGCGCGCCUACACCAAGGCUGGGCUUUGAUACUCGCUCCGUUGCGCAUCGGGCUCGAGUUGUGGAGGAAAGGUGUCGGUUACGAGCUAUUGGAAGGCAAAGCUCAAUUGGACAUAGGAAGGACCCAGACGAUCUUGGCGAGGGCAGAAGUGGAGCAGCACACAUCGCGGCGUGACGCCGACCAGAGAGCCUACGCUGACAAGUCCACGAACGUUUCCUUCUGACUUGACAGGCCGAUAACAACUACAAGAAGCGUGCCCUCGGUACGGCUUACCGUUCGUCCCCGACUGGUGGAGCGUCCCACGCCAAGGGUAUCGUGCUCGAGAAGGUCGGCGUCGAGGCCAAGCAGCCCAACUCCGCCAUCCGAAAGUGCGUUCGAGUGCAAUUGAUCAAGAACGGCAAGAAGGUCACCGCUUUCGUCCCCAACGAUGGUUGCUUGAACUUCACCGAUGAGAACGACGGUUAGUUCAUCGCUUGUGCGCACACGUCGCUCCGGCGCUCGUGCGAUCCCCCAUCUCGCUCGCUCUCGCUCUUGGGUCAUCGAACGUUCGCUGACUCCUUUCUCGAUGCCGCAACGUUCUACAAUCCUGUUUGCGGUCUAUUAGAAGUCUUGAUUUCAGGCUUCGGCAGGAAAGGCAAGGCUAAGGGAGAUAUCCCCGGUGUUCGAUUCAAGGUUGUCAAGGUGUCGGGUGUUGGUCUCCUCGCGCUCUGGUCAGUCUCCUGCGCGAAUUCGGCUUCGGUCCGGCGCAUAGCGGCCAAAGCUGACUCUGCUCCCCAUCCGCAUGUUUUUCAUGUCUACAGGAAGGAAAAGAAGGAGAAGCCCCGUUCGUAA